GCCACUACCACCGCCGCCGCCGCCCUCCCCAGCCCCCAGAUCUCGACCCCGCUCCCCCAUCUGCAAUGGCGGCCGCUUCGUCGCUCCACGUCGCCGCCCCGGCCGCCACCCCGCGGGUGGGAUCUGCCGGCCCCAAAUCCGCGUCAGCGGCGAGGAGCGUGCGCGUGGCCAGAUCGGGCGCGGCGGCGCGUCAUGGAGGCAGGUUGGUGGCCUGUGCCGCCGUUGCAACCAAGGCUGAUGCGCCGGCAAGCGAGGCGGCGUCCAAGUCUGAAGGUCAUGAGGUCUUGCUGUUUGAGGCUCUUCGCGAGGGUUUGAUGGAAGAGAUGCAAGCGGAUCCAACGGUGUGCGUCUUUGGUGAAGAUGUUGGUCACUAUGGUGGUUCUUACAAGGUGACCAAGGGUUUGGCUGAUAUGUUCGGAGACCUUCGGGUUCUUGAUACACCUAUUGCUGAGAACUCAUUCACCGGCAUGGGAGUUGGAGCAGGAAUGAAGGGGCUGAGGCCUGUUGUUGAAGGCAUGAACAUGGGCUUCCUUCUCCUUGCUUACAACCAAAUCUCAAACAACUGCGGCAUGCUUCACUACACCUCUGGCGGCCAGUUCAAGAUACCACUUGUGAUCCGAGGUCCUGGUGGUGUUGGUCGUCAGCUUGGCGCAGAGCAUUCACAGCGUCUGGAGUCAUACUUCCAGUCAAUCCCUGGUCUCCAGAUGGUUGCUUGCUCUACUCCUUACAAUGCCAAGGGUUUAAUGAAGGCUGCCAUAAGGAGCGAGAACCCUGUCGUGCUAUUUGAGCACGUCCUUUUGUACAACCUGAAGGAGAAAAUUCCCGAUGAGGAGUACACGCUAUGCCUGGAGGAGGCUGAGAUGGUACGGCCUGGUGAGCAUGUGACCAUCCUCACAUACUCGCGUAUGAGGUACCAUGUGAUGCAGGCUGCAAAGACGCUGGUGAACAAAGGGUACGACCCCGAGGUGAUUGACAUUAGGUCGUUGAAGCCAUUCGAUCUGCACACAAUAGGCAACUCCAUCAAGAAGACCCACCGCGUGCUGAUUGUGGAGGAGUGCAUGCGCACUGGAGGGAUCGGCGCCAGUCUGAGAUCGGCCAUCAUCGACAACUUCUGGGACUACCUUGACACCCCCAUCAUGUGCCUGUCGUCUCAGGAUGUGCCGACGCCCUAUGCCGCAACUUUGGAGGAUGCAACCGUCGUGCAGCCUGCCCAGAUUGUUGCCGCCGUUGAGCAAAUAUGCCAAUAGGGCAUCAUCUGUCGCAACUUUGGAGGAUGCAACCGUCGUGCAGCCUGCCCAGAUUGUUGCCGCCGUUGAGCAAAUAUGCCAAUAGGGCAUCAUCUGUUUCAGCAUCGUUAAUUUGUAUCUGCCCUGGCUUGGAAGAACCUUUAAUUUGUCAUUUUUGUCUUGUAGCGAGGUGUUCAUUGUGGUAUAGGCUUGUAUCCAUUUUUUAUUCCUGCUUGAGUUAACACUUCAGCUACAUAACUGUACUGUAUUAUGCUGAAUGCUACUAGGGUCUGAACUCGGGUUUAUUGGAAGAAAUCUUUGAAUAUCCUGGGCAAGGUA